UUGGCUGGCGUGAGACGCUUAUGAGGUCAUGAAAUGGUGAUGUCACAUAAAAGGUCAUGAGGCGUCGAAUAGAAUCUGUGUUUUCCGUUAAAAGACUUGAAUGACUGAAGAAAGAAGAAAUGUGAGCUCUCUGCCAGCCUCUCACCCUCACCUGUCCAGCUCCAUGACAGGUGGUGAUCAGCUGAAAGGUGUCAAGGAACGGUCAUUCACUGACCUUUGACCCCAGGCCUUCAGGUACAUGAUUGGACCUGAAUGCCUGUGUUUGAAUGAAGUUCACACUCUGAGUUUUUACGUGCUUUGAUGAAAUGCUGCCAUACCUGUGCGUUGCAGGUGACUUUUCUGUUUCUAAUAAAGGUGAACACACCUGAAUCUGCCUGUUUGUUGUGACUUCUGUAUCACUGCACCACAGCACACUCAUCAUUUCCACACAGCGAUGGUUUGUUUGAAGGGUUUUAUGUUCUGACCGUGCAGAUCAAAGGACAUAGAACCUCUUCGAGAACUCACGUGAGAACAGGUGUGACUGAGUGUCUUUAAGUCUUCAUCGUGAUGAUGAUGAAAGCAGGUUCCCUCUGCUCUGCGGCUCCAUCAUGGAGCUCAUUUGAAUCUUUUCUUUUGGUAUUCAUCCUUUCAUUUCCAUUCACAUGUUUUGUGAUCAUGAGAGAUUGUUGCAGCUCUUCCACAUGUGGAUACUGUUGAAAGGGAGCUGACGUCGUCAUAUUUUUGGAUUGGGUAGCCUAGAAACGGAUGGAAAUAAUAAAGACAUUUUUAUAGUACUUUAGUAUUUUGAAUUCUUGGCUGCGGUGUUUGUGAACGGCAGAUUCAGGGAGGCGUGUCCCGAGCAAAAGGUGUCGCCCUCUGAUUGGCUGUUUAUUAACGUGGUCAAAGUCAAACUGCUUCAGUUUGUCUCACAGUUUUUAGUUUCUGUAACUCCGAGGCUGUUUUGUUUUGAUCUCGCUGUAUCCAGAUCUCGCGAGAACACUAGCCCUCCCGUCGUUCGCCAUUAUAGCUAAGAGAAGCGUCCCCCGGACGAGCACCGGAGAGGCUCCGUUACCCGGACACAGACACGUUUUGCUCGCUGACACCCGCCGAGCCACUCUGCAUCCAGGUGCGCAGGUAGCAAGAUGGCAGAUGACCUGGACAUCGAGGCGAUGCUGGAGGCGCCAUACAAGAAGGAGGACGCCAAAAUCUCGAGCCCCAACGGACAGGACGAGCACUCCAAGAGGAAGAAACGCAGCCGCAGUCGCAGCUGCGACAGGAAGCGCAGCCGGAGUCGAGACAGGAAGAGGAGCCGGAGUCGGGAGCGCAAACGUAGCCGCAGCCGAGACAGGCGGAGGAGUCGUAGCCGCAGCAGAGAGCACCGCCGCAGCAGAGAGCGCGGUGGGCGCUACAGAGACCACCACAAGCACCGGCGGCGGUCGAGGAGUAAGAGUCCCGUCAGGAAGGAGAAGAGUCCAAUCAGGCAGCCCAUCGAUAACCUGACGCCCGAGGAGCGAGACGCCCGCACGGUGUUCUGCAUGCAGCUCGCCGCCCGCAUCCGCCCCCGAGACCUGGAGGAGUUCUUCUCUGCGGUGGGGAAGGUUCGGGACGUCAGGAUGAUCUCAGACAGGAACUCCCGCAGGUCAAAGGGCAUCGCCUACAUCGAGUUCGUGGAGGCAAGUUCAGUUCCUCUGGCCAUUGGGCUGACGGGACAAAGGCUGCUGGGAGUUCCCAUCAUUGUACAGGCCUCACAGGCAGAGAAGAACCGAGCUGCUGCUGCUGCUGCUGCUGCCAACAACCUGCAAAAAGGGACAUCUGGACCGAUGAGGCUGUACGUCGGCUCGCUGCACUUCAACAUCACCGAGGAGAUGCUGCGAGGGAUCUUUGAGCCAUUUGGACGGAUUGAGAGCAUCCAGUUGAUGAUGGACAGCGAGACGGGGCGCUCCAAAGGAUACGGCUUCAUCACCUUUGCAGAUGCAGAGUGCGCCAAGAACGCUCUGGAGCAGCUGAACGGCUUCGAGUUAGCUGGGAGACCCAUGAAAGUGGGUCACGUGACCGAGCGGACCGACAUCUCCAUGGCGUCUUCCCUCCUUGACAGCGAUGAGCUGGAACACACCGGCAUCGACCUGGGAACCACCGGGAGGCUGCAGCUCAUGGCCCGCCUGGCUGAGGGUACUGGUCUGCAGAUCCCUCCUGCUGCUCAGCAGGCUCUGCAGAUGAGUGGGGCUAUUGCCAUCGGAGCCAUGGCUGCAGUGACAGCGGCCAUGAACCCGACUCUCAACAUGAACAUGAACUCUCCUGCUCUGAACCUCCCGUCUCAGCCGCUGGCCACGCACUGCUUCCAGCUGUCCAACAUGUUUAACCCCAGCAGUGAGGAGGCUCCUGGGUGGGAGCUGGACAUCCAGCAUGACGUCAUAGAGGAGUGUAACAAACAUGGCGGCAUUGUUCACAUUUACGUUGACAAAAACUCCACUGAGGGAAACGUCUAUGUCAAGUGUCCUUCGAUCCCAGCCGCCAUGGCUGCCGUCAACGCCCUGCACGGGAGAUUCUUUGCUGGUAAAAUGAUCACCGCGGCGUACGUGCCCCUGCCCACCUACCACAACCUGUUCCCGGAGUCUGUCACUGCGACGCAGCUGCUGGCCCCACCCCCACGCCGAUGACUCGUUGUCAAUGCUGCCCUCUGAUUGGACACUGUAAUUCAGAGCCCAGCCCUGUCCUGCUGGUCGUCACACAUGCUCAGUGUGGUUCCCGAGGUCAGAGGUCGGCAGCCGUUUGUUUGAUACAAACAUGUUGCCCAGUCUCGAUUGGCUGGUUCCCCACGCCACCGUUUCUUCCUGUUGUAGAGUCUCUGUGCGGCCACACCCCCAAGUAUCGUCCAGUGAUUGAGCUCUGUGAGCUGCGAGGGUGUGGCCUGAUGACAUGAUUGGUUUGCAGUUUAAAUGUUUUUGUAAACGAGUUUCAUUUUGUAAAAAUUGUUGAUUAAAUUUUAUUUUCUGUCACUCUGAGCUGUGGCGUCUGAUUCUGACGGGCACACGCCCGAUCUGAUUGGCUGUGAGCAGAGCAGGUCAUUCAGGAGCAGGUCACAGUAUUCAGAUUACAGUGUGUCAGUGACUAUGGUCUGUAUUUACCUAGAUAUCAGAAUUUGCAGUGUCACCAUAACUAACACGGGUCUCUCAUUGGACACUGGACUUUAGGUCCUCUCGUGCUGGUUCAAUAAAACAUUGAUGUCUAAGCUUCUCCACAAAGUCCAGAACAUGAUCUCCAUCAGCCAGGAGGGAGCAUCCACACCUGCCCGCUCUGGGUGGAAGGAUUAUUCCGGACUGCGCGGCAAGCUGGGCAGCUCCACCCCUCCUCUUCCUCAGGGAGUUGCACUGUUUAAAUGUAACCCGAGCUUCCUGCUGCGAGCACCUGAAAUCAAAAGAGCUGCCAUGGAGGGAUUUUUAUCUUUUCACUCAGUGAGACUGAGGAAGGAAGUAGAAAAUUAAUGGUUAUUUCAUGGCUUCUCCACUAAUGAUGAAGCUUCUUUUGGCAGAUACACUGAGCAAAAAUAUAAAUGCAUCACUUUUGUUUUUGCUCCCAUUUUUCAUGAGCUGAACUCUAAGUUCUGAAACAUUUUCUACAAACACAAAAGACUCAUUACUCUCAUAUCGUUCGCUGAGAUAACCCAUUCCACCGCACACGUGUGCCUUAGACCCCCCCACACUAAAAGGCUGACAUGUGUAGUUUGGAUCUGUACACAAUGGAAGCUGCAAACUUCCAAGUUCUUGCACGGCCAGCAGACUCACCGGACACGUCACCCAUCGAGCAUGGGCACUGCUAGCAUCAUGGACAGGUUUUUUACGGGGCUCCCACACAAACGCAAAGCAGGAGAGGAAGGAUCGCCAAAUAUGUUUCCAAACCA